CAGUCAUCACCAGAUCUCAAUCAAAGUUGUGUAUGAUUUGCGUAUAUAGAGAGAAAGCGGCUGGGAUAUGAGCAGCAGGCGUUUUUACAAGGAUGACGAAAAUUUCCCAGAAGACGGUAUGUUGAUGAGUUUGAGAGAAAGAAGACGAUAGCAUCUCUUUCGAAAAGAGCAAUGAAUAAGAGUACUUUGGGGUCCAUCAGAAGUUCUGAUCUCAUUGAUGCAAAGCUUGAAGAGCAUCAGAUGUGCGGAUCCAAGCAGUGUCCCGGUUGUGGACACAAACUCGAAGGAAAGCCGGACUGGUUAGGUCUACCAGCAGGAGUGAAAUUUGAUCCAACAGACCAAGAACUAAUUGAACACCUUGAAGCAAAGGUAGAAGCCAAAAACUCCAAGUCUCACCCUUUGAUUGAUGAAUUCAUCCCUACAAUUGAAGGAGAAGAUGGAAUUUGUUACACCCAUCCUGAAAAACUUCCAGGGGUCACAAGAGAUGGCUUGAGCAGGCACUUCUUCCAUAGACCUUCAAAAGCCUACACAACUGGGACAAGAAAGAGAAGAAAAAUCCAAACAGAAUGUGACUUGCAAGGUGGGGAAACAAGAUGGCACAAGACAGGCAAGACCAGGCCAGUCAUGGUGAAUGGAAAACAAAAAGGGUGCAAGAAAAUUCUAGUCCUCUACACCAACUUUGGCAAAAACCGAAAACCCGAAAAGACGAAUUGGGUGAUGCACCAAUACCAUCUUGGGCAGCAUGAGGAGGAGAAAGAAGGAGAGCUUGUGGUGUCAAAGAUAUUCUAUCAGACUCAGCCAAGGCAAUGCAACUGGUCUGAUAGAGCGAGUGCAACUGGUGAAGGAAGCAGUGAUAUUGUGGCUACUAAUAGCAGAAGAGAUAGUGGGAGUGGGAGUUGUUCUUCUAAGGAAAUAUUACCUUCUCAUCCUCAUAGAGAUCAUGACCAAAUAGCUGCAACAGCAGCAGCUGCGGUUGCAGCUGCUGCUCCAAUCUCAAGCUACAGUGGCAUUGACAUUCAUCAGUUGAAGUCAGAUCACUUCAGCUUUGCCCCCUUCAGAAAAAGCUUUGAUGAGGUGGGGAUAGGAGGAGAGGCUUCAACUGUAAGGGAAGGGCUGCCAUCUGGCACGUGCGAAGAGAUACGAGAGCACCACCAGAGAUCAGUACCAGUACAGCCUCAUCAUCACCAUCAUCAUCAUAUAAGCCAUGAACUAGUAUCUGAUCAUCACGAGCAGCAGCAGCAACAUGAACAUCAACAGCAGCAGCAACUGCAUCAUCAUCAACAAAUUGCAACAGCUGCAGCUUUCCACAUCAGCCGCCCUUCACAUCCCAUUUCCACCAUCAUCUCUCCACCUCCUCUCCACCACACUUCCAUCAUUCUUGAUCAGGAUUCCUACUCCCGGUUGAUGCUCCAAAACGAAAAUUUCCAGGCGCAGCAACAGCAGCAACACCCCCACCACCAACAGCAUCAUAAAAUGGGAGCUAGGUCUGCAUCUGGUUUGGAGGAACUAAUAAUGGGCUGCACUUCCAGCAGUAGUGAUAUCAAAGAAGAGUCAUCGAUGCCAAACCCUCAAGAGGCAGAGUGGAUGAAGUACUCCUCCUUCUGGCCUGACCCUGACAACCCAGAUCAUCAUGGGUAGAAGAGCACACAAAAAUGAAAUAUAGUGAUAGAGAGAGAACAAUAAACUCACGGUCGUCAUUGAUCACAGUCACAGUCACAGACAACAUCAUUGUCAUCAAUCAGUCAUCAUUUGUAUUUUGACACCACCAUCGACUCCCUCAUCAAGUUGCUUUUCAAACGUGAGAGGCCAAGAAGG